CGCCGACGCGAUGGCGUCACGCGUUGCGUGCUCUGUAGGCGACGCUGGAGUACUGCGGGUUCCGUGGGCGAGCAUUUUUAAGGUCGUCUGCAUCUUCUGACUGAGGAGAAGAUGGUCAACGUCUUGAAAGGAGUGCUUAUAGAAUGUGACCCUGCCAUGAAGCAGUUUCUGCUGUACUUGGAUGAGUCAAAUGCCCUAGGGAAGAAGUUCAUCAUUCAAGACAUUGAUGACACGCAUGUCUUCGUAAUAGCAGAGUUGGUUAAUGUCCUCCAGGAGCGAGUAGGUGAAUUAAUGGACCAAAAUGCUUUUUCUCUUACCCAGAAGUGAAAAUAUUAGAUAUUAAAAGUAACAUGCAAGAGACUCAUCACUUAGUAUCUUAUGUGACAGGCUAGACUUAGAGACUUGCUAAGAAGCAUGCUGCGAGAAAGACUCGGGCAUCAUUUGUUCAGAAAAAAGCCCCUGAGCGGAUACUCUUGUUCUGUUCUGUGUGUGUCUGUGGUUUUCUUUUUUUACAUGUACCCUGGAAUUAAAAAAACAACACAAAACUUUAACAGUUGGCUAGAAUUUGACUUUUUAUUGUCCUUUAUUAAAAUAUAAAUUGUUUUCCUACCUUUUUCAUCAUAAUUUAAUACAUUAGGAAUAUAAUGGAAUGUGACUUUUAAUUACCAGUCUAUCCUAGAUGCUUAUUUUUCUUGUUCCUGUUAACAAUUGUGAGUUUUUGUAGUGUGAGUAUGGUUAGUUUUGUUUCACGUAGAAACUUCAGAGAAGUUUUUAAUCAAAGUAUGACAUACAUACAGAAAAUGCACAAAUCAUAAAUGUACAAACCUCAGAAUUUCCACAAACUGAACACACUUAUGCAACCAACACCCA